UCCAUCACCUUAGGUCGAUAGCAAACGAGCUAACUAGCUCUACACAGACAAAAUACAGUGUCUGCAACAUAACAGCGAGAAACCGGCGGGUUACUUAUUUAAAUCUGCUUUUUUGUUUUUAAAUAGUGAAACAUUAAAUCGGAUAGUUGCAGAAACUGGGGCGAAGGAGAGGAGAAUGGUCGUCCCUGAUGGUGGAAGUGUCAUUCAGCCAGCUGAUAAUGGUGACGCAGAUGGCACGAUGUCCAGUUCUGAGCCAGAGUUUGGUCCGAAUCUGACCACAGUGGAGCUCGAGGAGGUCCGUAAGCUUCAGGAGCUGGUGCGACGUCUGGAGGUCCAAAAUCAAGCCCUGCGCAACAGGGGCAGCAAACUAGUGCUGGGGGGCAACAGCAACCUCACUACAGGAAGUAACAUUAAUAGCCUGCACGAGGUCAUGGACACUUCUCCCAGAGCAGAGGAUGCUGGGAACCUGGUGCUGUCACCUCCAGUGGGCAGCAGUAGCAGUGAGGACAUGUCUCCACUGCCUGAUGCCUGCAGGGCAGAGGAUGAAGAGCAGCAGGAUGGGUUCUUGAGCUUACCGUGUGCUUCUGGCUCCAAACAAACACUGGCACGCUUUGUCACGAGUCUGUCUCCAGACGUCUGUGAUUCAGAGACACUGGGAGCAGGUCAUGCGGGUAUGGACCAGUCCGCCUUGGACGAGGUGGAUGUACUUGACUUGGAGACGUGUGCUCAGGCCGAGGAUGAAGACAGCUGGUUGUACGUGUCACCAAAGAAGCAGGUUGUGACUGAACAGGGGCCUGAAUCACCACUGAAAUGGUGUAGAAAAGUUCUCGAUCACCCCAGUCCAGAGACUGAAGUCGCCUGUCGGACACUCAUCAACCGACUAGACCAAAGAAAAGAAGGUCAUGGAGGGAUUGAACAACAUGAGGCGUCUAGAUGGAAGAACGUGUACAGUAGCCCAUCUCAGACAGCUGAGGCUGGUGUCUCAGCAUCCUCCUCUGCUGGGUACCUCAAAUCAACUAACAAAACACUACUAACCUCUGGCAGCUCAGGUCACAUUGGUGUCCACUCUGCUCUCAGUUCACAGUCUUCUAUUGAUAGUGAAUUAAGCACCUCAGAUGACUCCAUCUCCAUGGGCUAUAAGCUUCAGGAUCUGACUGAUGUUCAGAUAAUGGCUCGUCUGCAGGAGGAGAGUCUCCGACAGGACUACGCCUCUACCUCGGCCUCGCGCCGCAGCUCAUCUGCCUCCCUGCAGUCUCUGCGUCGAGGCACCUACAGCGAUCAGGAGUUUGACUCCUACAGUCAGGAAGACGAGGAGGAUGAAUGCUGCUCUCUGCCUCAGCGUCUCCAGCGCUACUCGCCCUCGCCGCACAGCUCUCCCCGCUGUCUCUCUCCCAGCACACUGGCCGAGUACAGCCGCCUGGCCGCCCCACGUCCACGCAUGUCCCGCCGCUCCUUACAGGGCCCAGGGUCUAAGAGUGAGGAGGAGCUCAGGCACAGCAUGCCUAACCUGACCCCGCGCACCAGCCUGCACUCUCUGGAGGCAGUCAGAAACAGCCGCAGCAUGGAGGCUAACUUACAGAGUUCAAGCAACCGCACGUCCCGUCUGCCCCACUCCCCUACAGGUGUAUCAUCUGCAAGGAUGAGGGGCGAUGGCCAGUCCCCUCUCUAUCUGCGGGCACCCAUGAAAGCUCUCAGUCCCGUGGGCUCUAUGUCUGCAGUGCGACAGCAUACCAAAGGGCCACCAGGUGCCCAGGGAGGGAUGAGGAGGGUUCAGUCCCCGGGUCCCACCAAUGGUGCAGCAUACUCAGGCUGCAGGAGCGCUGCUGUAGCCAGGCAAACGCCUGGAAGAGGUGUGACACCAACAUCGCCUUCUUCCAGAGGCAGGCUUCCACAGACACCCAGAAGCAGAUCACUGGGAAUGACCAAACCCUGUGCUCCUAUCUCUGAUGAAUCCUGGAAAGAUGGUUGUUACUGAAACCCUGAGAACUCCACCUAUCAUCCUCACAAUGAAAUCCAACACGCCACCAAUGACUAAAAAGACAUGGCAAGGAAAAUCAACACAGAAGCCCUAAAACAAGAGUGUGAAUGAAUCCAGAGUCUCAACAAUAAGAGUAACUAUGGAGGAACGGUGGAUCUGACAGAGUUUGCGUUCAAAGACUGUAAUAUUUGCUUGUUUUUCAAACAUCAGUGUGCUUUUAAUUUCAUCUGAAUGGGGAGGUUUGAAAAAGUAUAAGAACUUGAAUAAUGAAAAAGGUUUUUGUCUUGUAAUACAUGUAGUUUUUGUGAAACAAUGUGUGGAAUUUAAUUCCUAGAUGCUGUGGAAUAACUUGAUGUUGAUUUUGCAUGUUUAUCUAUUUUUAGAAAUGAAGGAUAUAUGAUUUUUAUGUGGGCAAAAAAAAAGCGAGAUUUUUAAUUUGAUGAAGGAAUAGUUGUUUUCUGUAAUGCACGGAAUUUGUCUGUUUUGUAUCAAAAAGACAUAACAGAGCAAUAUAGAAGAAUAGUGUUCUCAAAAGUUGAUCUCAAAGGAGAAGAAAAUAAUUUACUUUUUUAUUAUUAUUUUGAGAUCACAUCAAUGUGCCAUGGUACAUUACUACUGCAACACUGUUUCUUAAUGCAGAGUGCUUGUUGUUAAAGUUACUACACUUUGACUCCAUCUGGAAGUUUGAAUUUGAAUUUUGAUGCCUGAGUAGUCUAGUUUUAAAUAUGCACUAAGCCAGUUCAAUUGGAGAUAUCUGGGUAUGCAAUGAUGAUAGAGUGCCUCAGAUUCAAAUCAAUAAAUCAACAAUUUCAACAAUAAAACUAACAGAAGAGCAA